AUGUCCGAUGUCGAAGUAAGCCAUCCCUCCAAAACCCCCCUAAGCUCCCAUCCCCUCUUCCACCCCUCCAUUCUUCACUUAUUCCCCAAAUUCCAGACCACAUACCUAAAGCCCAUCCCUUACCAAAGGGUUUUCUACCAAAAUCUGAAAAUUUGUACUGUUACAAAUUUUAAGAAUUUUUAGAAGAAAGUGGGCGUUUCAGGAGGAAAUUUUGGGAUUUGUGAAGAAAGUAGGGGUUUUGGAAAGAGAGUUGGGUAUUUUGGAGAUUUUGGGGAUUUGGGGGAGAGGAGGAAAGAGGGGGAUGGGGAUUUUGGGGUGAGGGGUUGUUAAUGUUUGUUUAGGGGGUUUUGGAAGGGAAGGAGAGAGAUGAUGAGGAUAAGGUGACAAGAGAUGUUAAGGAGUUCAUGAUAAUCUAUGAUCCCAGGAUAAUACCGCAGGAAAAUGACAUCUUCCGUAUUGAGUUUACAUCCAAGUUUUAUUUCAAUAUGCUACAAACUUGAGCUUGGGUGCCUUGACUAAUCUCGUAUAUAGAUUUUCUGAAUGCAUCUCAUCCUUCCUUAUACCUGUCCAUAGAACAACCUUUUCUCGUUAUUACCUCAAUUACUUAUUUGUAAAAUAAGGUUUCGAGAAAAUUGAAGACUAGAGUUUCAGACAAAUCUUCUAUGAUUGAAACAAAUGUCUUAUUGAAUGUCACUGAGGUGCUUGGCGCUGAUUUAAUUCAAAAUAUUGAAGACAUCAGAAAAAGAAUGAUAAGGAAAGCUCGGAGUGCAGAGAUUGCAAUGGAAUAUGAGGAUGUUGAUUUCUUUAGUAAUCAUGUAUUGAAAGAAUUAUCUGAUUAAUGAAGGCGAUUGAUUCAUUACUUUAUUUAGCAGAGGUUUAUACAUAUUUCCAAGAAUAUUUUUAAUAAUUCCCGAUAAGAGAACUAUGACCGGUUAAAAUCCCUUGCUUUUCAUCAUAAAAUUUCAAAAUUCUUGAU